UGUAGCUCAUGACAAGUUUAUUGUAAAAAUCUAUCAAAAACAUUCAAUAAAUUACCUAUGUCUCUUUUAAUAUGCAUAGAUUUUCCAUAGGAAACAUCACAAAAACACUGCAUUUUCAAAAAAAAAAGGAACAAAGCAGUUUAUCAAUAAUCACACCUCUGUGCUAAACUAAAGAGCAACUUUGCAAAAAAAAUAAAAAAAAUUACUGUAUCUCUCAAGCAUCUGCAAAUAAAGUUGCACCAAAUUCCACUCUUCACUCAUGAUUGAAGCUGAAUUCCACCGAUCUUUGGGUGAACAAUGUUCUUAUGUACAUGUUUUUCUUUUACAACUGACCUGCUAAGUUGUCUUGAUAACAAAGGUUCUGUUUACUGUCCCCUUACUGACCAGGAAAACAAUCAGCAUAUCCUUGAGGUGUAACAGACAACUCCUCAGCAUAAAAUAUUUGCCAAACCAGUUUUUAAACCAUCUUUGUUUAUAUUUAUAUUUACAAGCUUGCAAUCCUCUUGAUCACUGUUACUCAGUCUUCAAGUUGUUGUGAAUAGUGCGACAUAAAGGUCUUUAACCUUUUCACGAAGCUUGAGGCCAAAAAGGUUAAGAUGUUGUUUGUUUUUUGGCAUCUAUAGAGUGAAAAAACAUGAAAUGUAAGACACUUUAAAUGUGAUUCGCCCAAAUCAUGUGUCGAUAAAAUAGUUUUUUUAAUCAGGUUUUGAACCAACAGUUAAUUUACUGGUGAUGCCACUCAAGCAGGAGUCCACAUGGCUGCACAGCUACACUGUGCAGAUAAUGGCUCUAAAUUCCAUGGUAGAGGAGAUCAUAUUUGGGGAUAUUUUGAGGAUCUAUUGGACUUUGAACAAUCAUCUUCCCACGCAUGGCUCCUCUGUAAAUGACCUCAAUCAGAUCCAUGAAAUCCUGCUUGGUCUUGAAGCUGCCGACAAACUUGGUAUGAUCUGGAGAGCUGGAAGAUUUCAAAAAUAAAACAUAAUAUAUUACAACUUACUUGUUAUUAUGCAGACUUAGUAUCCGAAGACAGGAGCAUGGGCUGUUCAUGUAACUACAUCAACUUAGAACUGUCUGCGACAAAUUUUUAAAAAAGGCCAUUAUGAGCAGACUUCCUCCCUUUGGGUCUGGGUUUGGGCCUUCAAACUCCCAUCAGCCAGCUCCCUCCUCGACUGAGGGAGGGCAACCUAUAACCAUAUACUAACUGAGCCAUCCACAAUAAUAAUAAUAAAGGGUUUUCUGUUUUUGCUUUGUUUCUUUGCUCUGUUGCAUUAUUCUUUUUACUUUCAUUAGUUAGUAUUACUAUUUUCAAAUGUUAUCUGUUUUAUAUAUCUCCCCAAAACAAGCACUCAUACAUGGGCAUACACACACGCACUCACACGCGCGCACACACACAAACACAAAAGUUAAACUGUCAUCCUAGCUUGUGUCUGUCUUGUCUCCCCCAUCUGUUUGUUAGUUUGUUGUCCCUCACCUGUCAUGUUCUGUUUUGCAUCACUUAAUGAAAAAAAAAAAAAAUUUUUUAUUCUUAAAUAAAUAGAGCAUGAAGCCUGAGGCGGACAUGUGUCCAUACAUUCAAUUCACUCAGUUUCCCGUGAUAAUGAGUAAAUGUUAUUUUUUUAAAAUAAAAAAACUUAAGUCAAUAUAUUCACACAGCCUUUGCCUUAGGAAUGACUUCAUUUCUGUUGCUUUCUGGAUUCUCAAUUGAUUUUUGUUGUAAUCAGAGAAUAACAGCUUUUUUGUGUCAAUAGUUUAAUCUGUUUUAUCAUUUUCAGAUGGAUAAGUUUUCUAGUGUCAACAGGAUCAUUUCCAGAGGACCUUAAAGGAAAAUCCUGUGACUGGUCACCAUAACUACCCACACCAUAUAUGGUCAAUCAAGUCUAUUUCUAUCACUGAUGCUAAGUAAACAUCUCAGGAAUACUGAAACUGACCUGUCACAGAAACACAGUAAAAAUACAUGCAUGGAUGCAUUUCCACUUGGGGCUUUUGUGGUUAAUUACCGAUUAGGUUGUUUGAGAAGAAACAAAGAAAGAAACACUACAAACAAACAAAAACCAGCCUUUAAAAUGCAAAUAUUUGCUGCUAUUUAUCAUGACUACAUAGCUCUCAGGUGUGGACAGUUGGUUUGACGAGGUGAGCACCCCAGAGAUGUAGGAAAUGUGUAGAAAUUUAAGCAAAUUACGGAAGUUAUUUUUACAUUUCACUUCAAUUAUCAGCCAAAUGCUUUUAUGACUGAGAAAAUUAAGAGAGUAUGUUACAAAUUUUGAGCCAAUCCACCUUUUAUGGUACAUGAAGGGUUAUAUAAAGACAGAACGAAUUUCAUACAGUUAUAAUAAGUUACUAAAAUGCACUUUCGUGUCUCACCCAUAAUCCACCUUCAUGUGCUGCCCGUUGAAAAAGAAAACAGUGGAGGGGAUGUAACUGAUGUCAAAGUAUCUGGUGUAGAUUGGAGCUUUAUCCACGUCCACUAUGUAAAUGGCAGCCAUGUUGCUCAGGUCGUGGGCUGUUUUUGACAGCUGGAAGAAACAGAAAUAAUCGAUCAUAUCAGAAACAGACUUUAAAAAACAAAAACAGAGCAUCAGCUUCAUCAAACGUAGAGCUCACAAUCUCAUCCAGCUGGAGACAAACCGAAUCAUCGUCUCUGCCGAACCUCAAAACCAAGACUUUUUCCGCCACGCCUUUAAUCGCUUCAUCGAUGUCUUUUUUGCAGGUUAAUUUCGGUAAAAACAAACUCAUUUUCUAAUUUUAAUUAUCCUUACAAGUCAGCGUUUCCCACUCUGCGAGGAGGAGGAGGAGGAGGAGGAGGAUAUUACGUCAUUAGCUUGUGCGGCUCUGUCAAACUCCCGUAUAGAAACAUUAUGAAGUUUGCGUUACCGUAGAAAAUCGACUUAUGAGUAAUAUUAACGUGGUUUUGGAAAUUUAAAAAAAAUGUCUAGUUUAACUGUAUGAAAAAUAUAACACUAUGUAGCUGUCUCAGCAAACAGGAGGUCAAUUCAAUUCAACUUUGUUUUUAUGGCACUUUUCAGACCGAAAAUGCCGUUCAAAGUGCCUCACAGAGGCUAAAAACAACAAUUAACAACUAUAAAACCCGAACCUCCUAUUCACACAUCCACCCAUGGACCCACACACCCACUCUCACUCGUAUACUGUUAACAAAUUGAGUAUACUAAGCAUAUCAUGUACUUAAUUGCACAGUGCGCGAGUUUCUAGGGUGCAGUGCUGUCCCAAAUUGUAUACUGCCAUGCAGGACACUCACCAGAAAUAACGACGCGAUUUGCCUCAUGUCUGAAUAUUUAUUGUGCAUAACACUGGCACCACAGCUGUCCGCAGCCAUUCUUACCAAUGAAAUGAGCGGGCAAGUGUCCACAGUCGCAUACUCAAAAUCCUGACUGAUUUGAGUAUGUCAUCGGGGUACUUUUGCAUACUAAAUUUUCUCAUACUAUCCAAACUUUUUUCCAUUUUGAGUUGAGUAUACUCAAAAUUUUAUGUAUUUCGUAUGGAAGUAUGCGAUUUGGGACACACCGAUGGUCUGACACUGACAUGUGUGAGGAAAGAGCCACCUUUGAGAAACACUGGAGAUAAAGAUAAAAAUAAAAUAAAAUGGUGAAAAGAAAGACUCAAACCUGAUGGACUAAAACAAGAAAGUAAUAUUAAAUGAACAGAUAAGUAAGAGCUCUUUACCACGUAAAAGGGGUAAAAGAAGUAAAAACCUCUAAAACGGGAAAUAAGGAAAAGACUAAGAACAGAGAUAAUUAACACCGAUUAAAAUGAACAUUUGUACUGAGAGAAAUAUAAAAAGGCAACGAGUGAAAAGGUUAAAACGGUGAGUCUUGAGCCUCCUUUUAAAAAACAUCAACAGUCUCUGCGGCCCUGAGGCUCCCCGGCAGGAACGACCGUUUCAGAACGACCAAUUAUAGUGUGACACCACGUAACAACGUGACCUUCCCCGGUAUUUGAGCAGCAUGGACGCAGUGAGAAGUGAACACAACUUCAGGGAUAUUGGAGACAACCAGUAAGAUGAGGGAGCUUCCUGGAUAUUUUCUUCGUGACUGUAAAACAAGGAGAGAAGAAGUCGUGCUGUAGGACUUUUGUUCCGUCUAAACUGCCGAAAACCAGCAGGGAUUGUCCAUAUUUCCGGAUUCUUUAUCACUUUAUCACGAAUUCACUGCGAUGUUCCGUCUUUUCGCAGCCCAGGGUUUGUCUGAGCUCUGGAAAUGCAGUCAUCUCGUUGCAUCUUGUGUUUCGAAGAGGAAAACAUUAUGUCUUCUCUCUGUUAGAGCCAGACCUCUCAUCUCUGGUCCAGCCUUCAGCACUGGGAGUCCAGCAUGGAAAGAUGCUCUCCAACCUCACAUGGAUAAGGCAGAGGAACCGGACACAAUAGAUCUGGAUAAGUGGAAAUCUGUCAUGAGGUCUCAAGCUGCAUCAAGAGAGAAAGUCAAUAUAGAGGAUGAAGUAAGUGAUGGUGAUGGACAAGAUGAAUCAGGAGAUGAUUUGAAGUUGAGUUCUUCACUGGAGGCAACACGGGAAAUGGUUGUAAUGUGGCGUGAGGCUGGGAAGUUUGUACCUGAAGAGAUGACUGAUGAACAGGUUCAGAUCCUGGCAGAGCUCACCACCAAGUCUGCCAGGAAGAAGUACCUGAAGUUCCUGGCCAUCAAGGAGAACCUCAAAAGAGCUGCAAGAGUAAAAUAUCUGAAGAAGAAGGAGGAGAAACAAAGACAGAGCAUUGAAGGAGCUGAAGAGGGUGAUGAGAGAGGUCAUAAUCCUACAAACACAUUCAUUCGCCAGUAUUGGAGUCGCUCCCUAGACCGGCUUCUGGCUUGGAGGACUGCCCAGGCCAUGCUGUUUGACCAGCCUUUGGUGUUUGACAUGAGCUACGAAUCCAACAUGAACAUGCGGGAGGUGGGGAACACGGUGUCCCAGCUGAUGGAGGUAGAAGGGUGGAACCGGCGCGCCAAAGAGCCUUUUCACCUCCACUUCUGCAAUCUCCAGAAGGAAGGGGUCUUAAUGCAGGAGCUGCUCAAGCGUUAUGGGGAAAAGGUCUGGGAGCACCUGCUCAUUACCACUUCUGAGCGCAGGCAUGUCGACUUAUUCCCCCGUGAACAGCUCGUGUACCUGACAGCAGAUUCACCCAAUGUUCUCCGGAAGUUUGACCACUCCAAAGUCUACAUCAUCGGGGGCCUUGUGGACCGCUCAAUCCAGCCAGGCUUGUCCUUAGCCAAUGCCAAGCGUCUGAAGCUGGAAACAGCACGGUUACCCCUAGAUGAGUUCCUCCACUGGGGGAUGGGGGCCAAAAACCUGACUCUGGACCAGAUGGUCCGUAUCAUGCUCGCUAUGAAGGAUACAGGGAAUUGGAACGAGGCGUUGAAGGCUGUGCCAGUGAGAAAGCAUGAUGGAUUCCACCAUCAAAGGAAACAGACAGCGAUAACCACUAACACAGCCAGAGGAGUAUCAAAUCGUGGAUUUGCUGGCAGGCCUGUAAAAUAUGAAGACACGAAAUUUAAAGGUGAGGGUCCAGCUCUGCAACGGCCCCUUAAAGACUAUAAGUUUGACAAGACAGCUGCAGUUAAAGCACGGUCAUCCUUCAGGAGCAAUACGGAGGGAAGAAAAAGUGCAGGCAAGAGCAAGGAGUGGUGGAGUAAGGGAUAAAGUAUAAUGAUAUCUCAUCCUGUAUGUCUUUAGCCACCGUCAGGGACAUGUGAUGAAUAAAGUGUUAUUUUCUUGGAUGUCCUCUUGGACUAAGUUCUUACAUUGAACUAAAAACAAGGCAGGAAAAAACACAUUUAAAAAGCCAGAAACUACUUUGGUCUUUAUUUUGGUUUAUCAUGAAAAUCAAAAAGCUGCUUGCACUGUAAAUCAUAUUCUCACCAUCACAAAUUUUUUUAUACCUGAGAAACAAAGAUAAAUAUUGUGCAGCUUGAUUUUUUUGAGAACUGCAAACAGGCAUUUGUAACUUUGGACUCAUGUAAUGAUGAUGUGUUUAGAAGCGACAGAAAAAACAGUCAUUUCCUUUUUUUUUCAGCCAUGAAUAACAGAACGAUGCAGCAGAUGACAUGUAACUUAAGAUGUUUUGAGAAAUGUCUUUGAAACACCAAAAAAAAAAUAGUGAAAACCUUUGCAAAUAACCGGACAUGUGCACAUGUAACAUUGUACCAUCAUGAAAAUCAAAUAUGAAAUCUAUAUGGUGUCUUUGCAGCAAUUAACCGGAUAUAUAUUCAUGUUUUUAAAAUACAGUUGUACCAAAAAACUGCAUCGAAGUCCUCUCUAUCCUCACCUCCAUGUUAUUUUACAGCAAUAGUGAACAUGUGCAAAUAGCUCAUCUGUUUUGUCAGCUCUCCACAACAGGCAACUCUGCGAAGCCUCGGGCUUACGCUUACACUUUACGGGCUGUUUGUUCUGUUAUUUACACAAUUACUAUUUGAUCAUUCAGUAAACUCAGAGAACACUAACCUAAAAUUCAAGUUUGAAUGAGCCGACACCCUCAUAACGCCUGCUCAGCAAUAAUACCUUGUCCUAACCUCAUGUCAGAGCAAUAAAUAGAACUUUUCGUGGUUAAAACGAAGCUACAGUCUCCCUGAAAAGCAUUCUGCUUUCUUUACUUUUACUGCAUGAUUCAUGAACAAACAUCUCAUGUUAAUUUCUUUUUUUUUCUCAGGUUCAUGAUAAAAUGUUAUGACAGAAGAAAGCAAAAGAAAAUACAUUUGAAAUAAAAUUUUAAAAUAACAGUCAUACACUUUGAACCCUUUGUAUACACAUGAGAAUAAAGUUGUAAAUUAAUGAAAAGAGGGUGUAAUGACAUAUUCCCUUUUAAAAUAACAAACAGGUGAACUAUAGACAAAAAUGAUGAGAUGUCUCAUAGCUUAACAACUUCACUCUCAUAUAAAGACUAUUUUUAAUAUUACCUUAUUCUUGCAAAUUUACAACUUUAUUCUCAAAACCUAUUUUUCAUCUUUAACAGCGCCCCAUUACACUGUCAUAAAAUAAAGACAGCUUGAUAAAAAUGUUAAAAUCCUUCUAUGACAUGUUAGAAAUGCAAUAAUCAAGGCUGCUACACAGUUAUGCAGCAUAAGACUCAAACUGUUAAAGUCUGCUCGGCCGGGUAACUUUUGAUGUUUACUGAAGUAGUCAGAUAAACAGAGCAGCAGAAUCCUCCAGGCUUCUCUCCCUCUCAGCCAUCAGUCAUUUGAAAUGAGCUUUGUUGUUGUGUUGGCGUCCGAUUCUCUGACCUCACAGCACCAGGAUGUCUCCAGAGCAGCGCUCGCAGCAGUUGAAGGUAAUGUUCUCGUAGCGGGUGUAUGGAUGAAAUCUGCCGAUGCUCUUCUUGUUAGUGAGGAAGUUUGUGGCAGGAGAGUCGCUGAGAGAAGGAUCUGUGUUGUUUUCCGAACAGGAAAUUGGGUCUAAAAUCUUCAGCACCUUAGAUGGACAGAAAGCACAGACGUUAAACUUGGGAUUUCCGCAAAAUACUCGAAAACGUUCAAUAUUUAAAGAUUACAGAGAUACUGCACCUUCUCAGCCAUCUUCUCUGCUGGUGUGCUGCACAGCUGCUCAGCUGUUGUACUGCUGCUUUUUACCACACUGCUGCUACAGCUGGUGCUGCUACUGGUGUUACCAAGCAGGUGGGAAUUGAUGGCGUCGGCUAGCUUAUGAUUGGCUGCAGCGAGUUCUCCUGUGCUGAGAGGCUGCGCACUGGGGUAGUAUGUCUGCUGUCUGCCCCACUGCAGAGACACCAGCAGCUGCUCUAGUGAUCUGAAAUAAAAAGAAAAAACAACAUCAGGUUUUAGACACUGUAAACACCGUCAGUGCGUAUGUAACCCUGCCCGUACCUUAUCAGUCACUUUUAUGAAUAUCUGCUUGAUAUUUUUAGAUUCAUUAAUGUGCAAUAAACUUGGACAGCACCCGUAUUAACCCGUAAAGCAGAUCAAUAUGUAAUAAAUGUAGGUGUAAAUACAUUUUCGUAUUAAUUACAAUUAACUAGAACUUAUAAAUGUUUUAAUAGUGAACAUCUUAAUUUAGCUAUUGGGCUUCUGUUACCUGUGAGUGAGAAACAUGUUUCUGGAGAACUCUUCUCUUUCCAGCAGCAGGUCCUGGAUUGCUCCCUGUGCCUCCCUGGUCUGUCUCUGCAGGGCUGCUCUGGUAUUUGUCAGCUCUUCAGCCAUGACCCUGAAGAGACAAAACACAUGCAAAUGCUUAUGGACCACGACAACCAUCCUUAAUUAUUUUAGACUAAUCCGUACAUACCUUACAUUUUUUUAAUGCUUUCUGUCUCUGAAAUAAAUUCAUAACAAAUUUUAACCAAUUAAAAGCAUAAUUUUAAGGGUACAGUGUGUAGAAAUUGAAAUAUUUUGAUAUAUCUAGUUAACAGACUUGCUAUAGUGGUAGGCGAUACAGCCUCAAAAUGAUAUUGCUUUAUUUUAAGGCAAUUUGUGCGAAUGAUAUUUAUGAUGAUGUGAAAAAAAAAUUUACAGAACAACAUAUUAUUAGUGAUUGCUGCUUCUGAACAACAGCAUUUUUAUUACUGGUGUUAAAAGGGGGUUAAAUUAUAAAAGACUAAUUCUGAGUUUACAACAACUGAAGUUUAUGUAAUUUACUUAUGUUGUAUUCCACCUUUACUAAAUAUGUUCUACUAAAUUCCACUUUAUUAUACUAACUGAAAUUUUGCCCUGGAUUAGAUUAGGCAUCCCAUUUAUUUAAGUUUUGACUGCAUUUCAUACCUGCUGGCCAAGAACUUGCUCCUCCAAACAUCACACUGGAUGCUCAUGCGCUCUAGCUGCUCAGCAGUGUGUGCUAAACAGCGACCCAGAGCCUCAUUCUCCAGGAUCAGCUGGUUCUUCUCCCGAGACAUCCGUUCAAAGUGGUACUGUAGGUCAUCGCCCACUGACGCCACCAGCAGCUUCUUUAGCUCACGGUUCACCUGGUACAGGGAAAGUUUUCAGUGACCAUAAUGGAAUUGUAUUGACUAGUGGAAUUUCCUUAGACGUACAAAUAAAUUCAAUAUAUUUCACAAAAAAAUUAUAAAAUUCACAGAAAGUUUAGAUUGUUGUAAUUCUUUUGUAUGAGUUAAGACAUGAAACAGCAAUAAUCUGUACUGGCAAGUCAAAUAUCUCCAUAUAAAACUCCUUUUCAUUGGGGCCUUACCUCUGUUUGAACACGCAGCUGAUUGGAGAGGCCUUCCUUGUCCUGCAGCAGCCUGCGUUCAGAGUUCUGCAGCUUCUUCAGCUGAAUUUUCCAGUCCUCUACCAGAGGCAGAGGUGGGGAGCCCUGCUCCUCAUUCUGUUGCCCAGUCUCUCCUUUCCCCUCAGCAGGUCCUGUUCGGGUACUUCGGCUGAUCGCAGCACGAGGAACCACAAUCCUCACCGCAUCCACCUCUGUGCAGGCUUCUCGGCUCACCUUGCCCAAAUGAAGCACCCCGAGAGGCUGCGGGGUAACAUGGGGAGCAGAGUGCUUGGAUUUGGGACUUUGCUUUGGGCUUGCCACCUUCAGGAGGGGGACUGCUGGUGAGCUUGGUGGCUGUGGGUCUGCCUUAACUUCCAAGAUGGCAGGUGGUUUUUCAGUUUCCAUGCCAUCGCCAGCGCCUCGAACAGGCACACUGGCUGAGCCUGUGAGAAAUAAGGGAUCAAAAUAACAGUUUUCAACUUUAAGGUCCUGUAAGGAGUUCUUUGACAUUUAUAAAAAGACUGAAAUUUCUAUCAAUUAUUUUUUAAAUGAUGUACAAAAGUAAACAGGACCAGUAUUACGAAAAUGUUUUAUAUUGAUAUCGGGGAAAUUAAUUAUCGAUAUAUAUCGUGAUCGUUUUAUCGCCCAGCCCUAGAUACUAGUAACUGUCUUCAAAGACAUGUAUUACCAUUCCUAAGACACACUGAAGAUCUAAUAAAGUGUCAGUAUUGUGUACUGGGUGGUUGUCAUAUUGCAUACUUCUACCCAACUUGGUGAUGUAACACAAAACAGUUGAUUCGUCGCACAAUGUCACAAAAGUCAGCCAAACUUGUAAUCUUAUUUGUCUUAUCUUUUAUCAAAUUCCUCUGGUUUAACUAUAAUUUUCCCACGUUUGCACUGUAGUCCCGCAGAGUUAUUUAUAUCAAAACUGUUGAUAAUAAUAGCUGUAAAUGAUGAAAACAAUGCUCACCUCUCACUGCAGCAGCCGUCAUGGUGGACGCGGCGUAGGGUCUGCUGCUUCACCUGAGAUUUAUAUUGAUCUUCGCUCUGAAACAUUAGACAAACACAUUAAACAAUAGGUUAACAUCCGUGAGGGUUGACUGUUUAAACGUGACAGUGAACAUGUGAGGGUUAAAGGACAGAUUUAACAGCUGAGGUACAGAUAACAACGCGAUAACGGGAGAUGGCUGGAAAAAAAAAGCUAACUAGCUUAAGCUAGCUCUGUUGUAGCGUUACCCAAAACAAAGAAGCCCAGAGAACGUUAAAAUUACACGAGCGAUACCAAGAGAACGUAAAGAGGCAUUAUUCAUGUCAAUUCGUUUAAAGUUCAUUAUUUUAGAGGAACUGAAAAUGAAUAUACCGGCUGACGAGGGGUCGAUCCUCCUCGAUUGUUUCGCUGUUGAUUUUGUCACC